AUGGGCUACACAACCCUGUGGAAGCGGCUUUCGCCGCGUCAGCUGAAUGUGGCCAUUCAAACCUUUUCGCUGAUUUCCAUUUUUUUCGAGGGCUAUGACCAGGGUGUGAUGGGCGGCGUGAACAGCUCACCAACAUAUGUGACUGAGGUCGGAAUUGGCAAGGCUGAUGGUACAGUCACCGAUACCACUCACCAGGGAGGCAUUGUCAGCGUGUACUACCUGGGUGCGAUCUUCGGUUGCUUUGCUGGCGGAUGGCUUGCAGAUCGAGUUGGCCGGAUCAACGGCCUACUAGCUGGCUCACUGUUCGCCUUGGUGGGUGGCGCGUUGCAGGCGGCUGCUCAAAAUUCGGACUUCAUGAUCUGUGCGCGAGUGGUUACAGGAAUCGGCACUGGUGCUCUUACCGGCAUCACCCCUGUGUUGGUGUCCGAGACCUCUUCGGCGAAUCACCGUGGUGGCUUUUUGGGUUAUGUGUUCAUUGCCAAUUAUCUCGGUAUUUCCGUCGCAUAUUGGAUCUCCUUCGGCCUCGCUUUUGUGAACAACGGUUACUCGGACGUACGAUGGCGGUUCUUGCUCGCAUUCCAAUGUUUCCCGGCUCUCAUCCUGGCAGCGGGCAUCAAGAUGCUGCCGGAUAGUCCCCGCUAUCUAGCGUCAGUGGGACGGAAGGAAGAAGCGCGCGAUCUGCUGAAUAGGAUUCGUGGAGGCCGAUUCCCUCAGGAGGAGAUCGAUCGCGAAUACCUCGAGAUUAUCACAACCGCCCAGGACAGUAAGCCCAGCUCUCCAGUUGAGUUUGUCAAAAUUCUAGUUGGAAAGAGUGGAAAGCCAGGCUUGAACCUAGGCCGUCGUGCAUGGCUAUGUGUUUGGCUGCAGAUUAUGGCCUCUUGGACUGGUAUCACUGCCGUGACUGCGUAUUCCCCCACACUUCUGGCUCAAGCUGGAUACAGUGACAUCAAGCAAAACGGAUUGGCCGGAGGUAUCAACACGAUCGGAAUCAUCGGUACCAUUAUCAGUGCUCAGAUCAUUGAUCGCCUGGGCCGACGAGUGUGUUUGAUGGGCGGAGCUGCUGUUUUGUUCGCAGUCAACCUGAUUGCUGGAGCUGUUUACGAGGGAUCUCUGCACAAUCCCGAAAAGGCAGCUCAAUAUGCGCCGGGCGCGGUCACUAUGCUCUUUUUGUUCAAUCUGGGAUACGCCGCAACCUGGGGUACAGUUGCUUUCUUAGUCCCCACCGAGAUCUUCCCGAGUGAUCUGCGAGCUCAAGGAAAUGGAUUCGGAAUCACUGGGUGGGCCAUCGGUGUGGGUAUGACCACUUUGGUUAACCCGAUCAUGUUCAACGUCAUGACUAGCCGUACAUAUUUCUUGUUUGCCGGUCUGAACCUAAUCUGGAUUCCCAUUGUCUAUCUGUUCUACCCCGAAACCCGCAACCGAUCCCUCGAAUCCAUCGAUGCCUUGUUCUCCACCACUAGUCCCUUCUACUGGAAGAUGGAACAGGCUUAUAAACUCCACGGUGAUGUUCUGGCUGAGCAUGGAGUUACCAAGAGCGACGAAGCCCUUGAGAUUGGCAAGCCCGAGCUUACUUCGACACCUGCCGAAAUCGAUGCCGAACGCCCAGUCACCGGCAAAACUGCAACCGUCUAA